AGUGAGUUCUACAACGUCACGUCAAAAAGUGCAACAAAUUUCUACGACCAUUUACUAUGUAAAGAUAAUGUAGGUAUAGUUUAUUCAAACAAGGCCUUUAGGGUAUAAUUAUAUUUAAUGUCAUUGAAUGAGUUGGAUGGUUGUUAUUGGUGGUGCAAUUAUUGGACCAAGAGGUAUUGAGACAAUUGGAAUAUAGCGAAGAGCACACAAAAUGACGAUCGCCACAAGAGGCCAAGGAGUAGGCAUAGACCCUCCUGACAGCCAGCAAAGUACACAGAUGCACAGUCCACCAGGUCCGCAACAAUUAGCUGACACAAUAUCAGGACUUCAGCUCACGGAGAAUGUGGUACAAACAGAAUGCACCAAUGAUACCUUAACUUCAGUAGAAGAUAGUAAUCCUCUUCAUGGAGAGCCUGAUUUUCCUGUUGCAAAACUCAAUAUGCUUCAUGAAAAAAUAUCUAGUCCACGAUGGGUUGUACCAGUUCUGCCAGAACAAGAGUUAGAGUGCCUGUUACAAGCCAGUAUCGAGCUUUGUAAAAAAGGAAUUGAUGUACAAAGUGAAGCGUGUCAGCGCUUUUUCCGAGAAGGACUCACGAUUUCUUUUACCAAAAUAUUGACUGAUGAUGCAGUAAGUAGUUGGAAAUUGAAUAUUCAGAAUUGUAUUAAUGCAAACUGUGAGCGAUUGGUGGAUCUAUGUAUCCUGAAACUAGAGGAGGACUGGUUUCCCCUUCUUGAAUUGCUGGCAAUGGUUUUUAAUCCUAGUAAUAAAUUUCAUACAUUUAAUGCUGCAAGGGUAUCGGAAACUGUUCCUCCCGGCAGUGAUAUUCCUGAUGAACUGUUUUAUGCACGGCCACCACCUGAUUCAAGAAGUCCUCGUGGUUGGCUAGUGGAUCUCAUAAAUAGGUUUGGAAGUCUUAAUGGAUUUGAAAUUUUGCUCUCUAGAUUUCAGAGCGGCCGAAAUUUAACAAUACCAGUUAUUUAUGCUUUAAUCAGACCUUUUGGUUUGUGUUAUGAACUAUUAACUGUUCACACAAUAGUUAAAUAUCUUAUGCCUAUUGUGGAAAUGGUGCCUGUAAUUUUGAAUAAUUUGACUGAUGAGGAAUUAAAGAAGGAUGCGAAAAACGAAGCAAAAAAUGAUGCAAUAUCAGCCAUAAUUAAAGCAGCCAAAUGUUUAGUUUCACGAGUACCCCAUCAAGAGGAGAUGAUUAAAAAUUUGGGAAUUCUGAGACUGAAGAUGAUAUUGAGACUCUUACAAAUUUCUUCAUUUAAUGGGAAGAUGAAUGCUUUAAAUGAAGUGAAUAAAGUGAUCGACACCGUUAGUUUUCACCAACACCGAAAUGCGAUUGUUGAAGAAGAAGAAUGGCUUAAUACUGAAUGCAUGGCGAAAUGGAUAAAGGAAAAUGGAGUACUAGAAAUCGUUUUAAGAGACUCGUUACAUCAGCCUCAAUAUGUUGAAAAGUUGGAAAAGAUUUUACGCUUUAUUAUAAAAGAACGAGCAUUGACUCUGGAAGAUUUAGAUGCUGUUUGGGCAGCACAAGCUGGGAAACAUGAAGCAAUUGUGAAAAACGUUCAUGAUCUGUUAGCUAAACUUGCUUGGGAUUUUAGCCCUGAACAACUUGACCAUCUCUUCGAAUGUUUCCAGAUGAGUUGGAAGACUGCUAAUAAGAAACAAAGAGAAAAAUUGUUAGAAUUAAUCCGGAGACUAGCAGAAGAUGAUAAAGAUGGUGUAAUGGCUCAUAAGGUGUUAACCCUUUUUUGGAAUUUGGCUCAUUCUGACGAGAUGCCUACAGAAAUCAUGGAUCAAGCAUUAUAUGCACAUAUAAAAAUACUUGAUUAUUCAUGUUCACAAGAAAGGGAUGCUCAAAAGACAAUUUGGUUAGAUAAAUGCGUGGAAGAAUUAAAGAAUGGGGAUAAGUGGGCUCUGCCUGCUUUAAAACAAAUUCGGGAAAUAUGUUGCCUUUAUGAAUCAAAUCCUAAUAUAGCGUGUCAUGGUCAACGAAACCAUCAUUAUAGGCAAGAUGUUGUAGAUCGGCUUCAAGCAGAACAUUCUAUAGUAAUUCUUGUGACAAACAGUUUAACGAAUUAUAUGGAUAAAAUGCGACAGUUGGUUAAGGAAAAUCCAGAUAUUGAUGCAAAUACUUACAUGCCCGAUGGUCGCUAUAACCACAUUAUGCAAGUGCAGGAAAGACUUAAUUUCCUACGUUUCUUGUUAAAGGAUGGUCAACUGUGGUUAUGUGCGGAUCAAGCUGAACAAAUUUGGCAAUGUUUAGCGGAACAAGGUGUAUUCGUGUCUGAUCGUGAAGCGUGCUUUAAGUGGUUUUCGAAACUAAUGGGAGACGAACCAGAUCUUGACCCGGCAAUAAAUAAAGAUUUUUUCCAAAAUAAUAUACUACAAUUAGAUCCGACAUUACUUACGGAAAGCGGGAUUAAAUGCUAUGAACGAUUUUUCAAAGCUGUUAAUUCUAAGGAAGGAAAAUUAAAAUUAAAAAGAAGAACGUUUCUUAUGGAUGACGUUGACCUAAUUGGUACAGAUUAUUUGUGGCGAGUAGUGACCAAUAGUCCUGAAGAAAUUGCAAAUUGUGCUAUAGAACUAUUAAAAGAAGUAAAUACUAAUUUAGGACCACGACUUCAGUCAACAGUUUUGGCAUUUCAUGUGACAUACAUAGGAGAAUGCAUGGAUAGAUUGAAAGCACAUUACGACACUGUAUCUGUUUUAAGGAAAGUGUAUCUUGAAGGAAAGGAAGAAAGUGAAGAACAAAUGUCAAAUAAAAUUAAAGUGGAAGCUAUGAAAAUGUGCCGUGUUAUGAAGGUAUUACAGGAGUAUAUAAAUGAGUGCGACACAGCAUUCCCUGGAGAACGGAAAAUAUUGCCAUUGCAUAGAGCAGCUCGUGGGAAGCAUCUAUCUCUUAUCAUUCGUUUUGCAAAUCCUGGUCGUAAUGUGGAUGACAUAGAUAUAUUUACGCAUAGUAACGACACUUUGGGAUCAUUAAGACGACAAAUAUUACGCAGAAUUAAGGCAAAUGGAACAAAUGUGAAACUUGACUUAUUUCUUAAUGGAGAACCUUUGGAGCCUACAGAUGAUAGGAAACUUCUUUCUCAAACUCCAUUGAGGGACAAGAUGGUAUAUCUAUUGUCAGCAAAGUUAAGUCAAGUAAAUAGCAAUUUGCAAAGUUCUCCGGAUAGUAGUUCGGACAGCUCUACUGGUUCUCCACACCAUCCAUAUGACGGGCCAAAUGUAGAAGCAGAAAAUAAUUUACCGGGUGUGGUCAUGUCGCAAAGAUCGCAGUAUGCUACGUUCUUUUUUCAAUUAGCAGACCUUGGAUGCACUCUCCAGCAUUCGCAAUUACGCGAUGGUGCAAGAAAUCUUUUACAACUGGUACCACCAGAUACUCUUACUGUAGAACGAUUACAGUUGUUAUUUGGUCACUGUAAAGACGACGAUAAUUUAGAUAAUGCUCCUUGCAAUGAACAAAAUACUACAGUAGAUUCUUUAUUUUUUACUGCAAGUUCAAACCAAGUUUUAUACAAUUUAGAGGUUUUAUAUAGUUUAUUAAUGCCAGCUUUAGAUCCAAUGUCAGAAAGAGCAUUUGAGUUUCAAUGCAAUUUCAUAAAGAGUGGUGAAGCUGGUGUUAUUCUUGAAAUGUUAACUAAAAACAAAUUUUUACCAAAUGCAGACGAAACUACGAAGCGUGCAGCGUAUUUAACAGUGUUAAAAUUAUCUAAGCUUCUACUAACAAUAGUUGGUAAUGCGAUGGCCUGCGUAAUGGAUGAAGUACAGCAAGCUGGAAUUUCAGAAAAUCACGAUAAUCAUGCUCACAACAAUCGAGGUCCCGUUGCGGUUUUAAAACAAGCGUUGCAAAGUGUACCUAAUCAGAAUACAGAGUAUAUGUUGAGAAGCGUAGCAACGAAACUGGCACAGCAUUUAGCUCUUCGAAUGUUGUGUGGAGGAGCAGAAUCCGAUAAAUGUCGACAACUUUUUAUGCAGGCCCUUUCCUGGGAGCUACCAGACGUAGUUACUAUUCGUGCCAUAAUUAGGCUAGCAUGGGCAGCAUCCACGGGAAAUUUAAACAAUAUAAACGCAUCAACUGAGAUGCUUCAUACACUUCACGAAAAGAACGAAAAGGAAACGUCAAAUAAUCCUGACAAUAAUGACGUAUUAGUAUGUAAGGAGGCAUUGGAAGUUCUGACAAUCGCCUUGGUGUUGAAUCCAACUGCGUUAGAAUCACUAUCAAGGGACAAAAUGUGGCAUACGUUUUUAAUAGAUCUUGUGCUCUUGAGCACGUCAAGAGUGGUUAGAAUGGCUGCGGCUGAACAGUUUUUUCUUAUAUCAACGUGGUACAGUAGUGGUCAUCAACCAUUACUUUUUGCGAUAACGCUACUUUUCAACGUCUUGAACACCACUGUUAUGGAGCAUGCGAAACAGAGUCACGAGUACUUUCAACUUUUAUGUAGACUAUUAAAUUUUGCACACAUGUCGGGAUGUCCACUGUUGACAGCUGAAACAUUGCUGAAUAUUGAAAUAGCAUGGUUAAAGAAAGUACGGGACAAUGUGAAAGAAAUUGGAGAAAGUCAAGUAGAUGAAGCUGUUCUCGAAGGUCAUCUUGGUCUAGCUAAAGAACUACUGGCUUUUCUACCUCCGAGUAAAAAAUACGAACUUGGUUCUGAUGAAAAACACAACGUAAAUUUGAUUAAAGAAUUGGUCGAAGACUUCGUAUUUCCUGCAUCGCGUCUUAUGCUGCAACUUCGUAGCACUGGAGAGCUAAGUGCUACACAAGCGAGCCCAGUAUGCACGACUCCUCAGUCAACUAGUGCGGCAUUUGAUUUACUUGUAGGUCUUUGUGUAGGCUGUGUACCUAACAUGAAACUUCUAGUCACAAUGCUCACUGAUAUGUUUUACUCUGAGAGAGACGAACCAUUAGUAGAAUGGGAUUACUUACCACCAGUCGGGCUUAGACCGUUGAAGGGCUUUGUAGGUCUAAAGAACGCCGGUGCAACUUGUUACAUGAACUCAGUAUUACAACAAUUGUACAUGGUCGAAAGUAUAAGAGUUGGACUUCUAGCUGCUGAAGGUUCAGCAACAGACUUGAAUGAAGAUUUCUCCGGAGAAGAAAGAAUCGAAGGAGAACAAACGAUAGAAGCAAAUGAUAACGAUACGAACGAAGAAAAAUGUGGAGCUGACGAAUCCCGAAAAGAAUAUAAUAUUGGUAUCUUGAAGCAAGUUCAAGCGAUUUUUGGUCAUUUGGCAUAUAGCAAAUUGCAAUACUAUAUACCUAGAGGUCUUUGGAAACACUUCAAACUUCAAGGUGAACCUGUAAAUCUUAGAGAACAACAGGAUGCAGUUGAAUUUUUUAUGAGCUUGGUGGAAAGUUUAGAUGAGGCAUUAAAAGCCUUAGGACAUGAACAGAUAAUGAGCAAGAUUCUGGGUGGUUCAUACAGUGACCAAAAAAUCUGCAAAGGUUGCCCUCAUAGAUAUUCCAAGGAGGAACCAUUCAGUUUGAUAAGCGUGGAUAUCAGAAAUCACAGUAAUUUACUGGACUCUCUUGAACAGUAUGUAAAGGGAGAAUUGUUAGAAGGUGCAGACGCUUAUCAUUGCGACAAAUGUAAUAAAAAGGUCGUAACAGUAAAACGAUUAUGUGUAAAGAAGUUGCCACCGGUUUUAGCGAUACAGUUAAAAAGAUUUGAGUACGAUUAUGAUAAAGUUUGCGCCAUAAAGUUUAAUGAUUACUUUGAAUUUCCAAGAGAUUUGGACAUGGAACCUUAUACUGUUUCUGGACUCGCUAAGCUGGAGGGAGAAGUUAUAGACUGUGAUUACGAAGAGUCAGUGAAAAGGACUUGCACUAAAUAUCAAUUAACCGGCAUCGUAGUACAUAGUGGCCAGGCUAGCGGUGGUCAUUAUUAUUCGUAUAUUUUACAUAGGCAAAGUGAUGGAGUUGCUAAAUGGUAUAAGUUCGAUGACGGCGACGUUACGGAAUGUAAAAUGGAAGAAGAGGACGAAAUGAAGUCUCAGUGUUUUGGCGGUGAUUAUUUGGGGGAGGUAUUUGAUCACAUGCUUAAACGAAUGAGUUAUCGAAAACAAAAACGAUGGUGGAAUGCCUACAUGUUAUUUUAUACCAGAUUAGAUGUAGAGGAAAAUUCUCUAAUGAAAAGCAUUAAUGAAUUAUCAUUGUAUACGAAAUUAGGAGUUAUGAAAAUGCCACCGGCUAUCGAAUAUAGCGUCAGAAAACAGAAUAUCAAGUUCAUGCAUAAUCGAAACCAGUUUAGUGCAGAAUACUUUCAAUUUAUUAAAAAACUUGUAUCUUGUAAUCCUCAUAACAUCAACAGACAAAAUAUGAAUGAGAAACCCAGCCCCGAGGAAGAAUUGGCGAUGCUGUCCGUACAACUAGCAUCAAGAUUUCUAUUUUUCACAGGUUUUCAUACUAAGAAAACUUUACGCGGUAAUGCGACGGAUUGGUACGACAUUGUGUGUCACCAUUUGCGUAGUAGCAAAUCAGUGCGAUCUUGGUUUGCUCACAAUGUUCUAUUUAAUCAUCCACAUAGAUUUUGCGAGUACCUUUUGAGUUGUCCCAGUACAGAAGUUCGAACAGCGUUUCUCAAAAUUUUGGUAUUUCUUGCACACGUUUCCCUUCAGGAUGGCCCUUGCGUGCCACCUAGUCUAAACGCACCAACCAUACUUUUGGAUCCAACAGCGACGCUUAGUGAUCAUUUAUUGCACGCAGUUCUUUCUUUGCUUCAUCGUGAAAUCUCAGAUUAUGGGCGUCAUCUACCACAUUAUUUCUCUCUGUUUCACACGUAUGCAUUGCUUGGUCUUGCUGAAAAAGCCCAGUUGCUUAAGUUAAAUGUUCCGGUUACAUUUAUGUUGGUUGCAAUCGACGAAGGACCGGGCCCUACAAUAAAAUAUCAAUAUCCCGAACUGACUAAAUUACAUCAAGUAGUUAGUAUGCUGAUACGCUGUUGCGACGUGUCAUCGAAAGCACAUUCGAGUCAUGCACCAUCAGGAGUAGCGCCUUUACCAAAUCCAUAUGGAGAUCCGGCAUGUCAGAAUGAAUAUUUGAUGCCUAUUCAGCCACAAGCAGCAGAUAUUCUCUUCGUAAAAAACAAUUACAUGAAAAAACUUAUCGAAGACGCUGACGUUAACGUUACCGAAGAUACAGUGAAAUUAUUACAAUAUUGUUGUUGGGAGAAUCCACACGUGUCACGAACCGUUCUCAGUGAAUUAUUAUGGCAAAUUGGAUUUGCUUUCACGCAUGAAUUAAAACAUCACACGGAUUUGUUGCUUGCCAUGCUUCUUAUGGAGGAUUCGUGGCAAACACAUCGUGUUCACAAUGCACUUAAAGGUGUGCCAGACGAAAGAGAAGGAUUAUUCGACAUAAUACAAAGAAGUAAACAUCAUUAUCAAAAGAGAGCGUAUCAAUGUAUUAAGUGCAUGGUACAACUCUUUAGCAAGUGCAGAUCUGCUCACCAACUUUUACAUCACAGUUCUGAAUUGAAGCGGAAAUGGAUACACGCUACUGAAUGGCUUCACGAAGAACUUGAUAAAAGACCAUACGCCUCUGCGGCUCCAUACACUCACGCGUACAGUAACUGGUCUCCACCAGCACAGUCUAAUGAUUCGACGAAUGGUUAUGGUUUGGAGCGCAGUAACAGUGCAAAGAAGACAUUGGAGAGGGCAUGCGAACUUUGUCCAGAUGAGGAACAGGAGCUGGAAGAUACGAGCGAAGAUUGUACAGAGGAGGCAGAAAAGUACCAACCACGAAAUAGAGAUGUACAGCGAUCGAGACGACGUAGUUCAGUGUGGGCAUCUAUAGCUUUUCCUGACAUCACUAUAAUACCGCAAACGCAAGAGGAACAACAACCUCAGCCUAGACCAUCUCCAGUUCAUACUCCUCUUUGGUCCCAAUCCCCGGUUAUACUCACACCACCAGCUCAUCAAUUACAUAGUCCACAGAACUGUGAGUCAUCACAAAAUACCAGCCAGGAUCCAUAAUGAACGCUACAUAUUGACGUUCUACCAAGUUGCUGCCUCGGUGAAACCGUUUCAAGAUAUUUAGAUAUUACUGCGUCAGCAGCUUGGUGUCGAACGAUAGAGGCACCUGUACAGAUAUAACUUGCAGAUUUGUUCUUUUUUUGCAACUGGUAUUCUCACGAACUUACAUUUGCAAUCUGUCAGUUUUACUGUGGGCAGUUACUUUCAUGAAAUGAUACGAUGUGGUAUAGCCAUUUGCACCAUUGAGAAAAAAAGAACGAUGUUAGAGAAACAGCAGGCGAUUAACUAAAUAAGAACAGAAUUUUUACGUAUUGGUUGAGGCAACCAAUUCUCAUUGUGGUUUUUUCUUACUCCUAACGUUCAGGCAUUCUUCGUUUUUUGCAUCCAUAUAUAAUCAUUUGGGCUUUUGACAAUUUAGAUAAAAAAAGAAGGACGUUUUGGUAGGAAGAAAACUUACGAAGGAAGAUUAAUGAAAAAGAAAAAAAAAACGACAAAAAAAAAGAAACGAUUUAGCAAAGAAUUUUAUUUGCCUCGAUUAAUGCAUAUGAAUUCGAGUAGAAAUACGAUAAGAUUGUAUAAAUGUAUAGCGUAUAGUGUUAUGGAAUCCCGUCUCUGCCGAAUAGAAAACAAAGGUAUAAAAAAAAAGAAAAUAACUUUCCGUAUGUCUAUGUAAAUUUGUUACUAAUAAAAAGUUAAAAAAUGAAACUUUCUAACGACCGAAAGAUAAGGCUAAAAAAAAUGAAGAGAAAAAAGUACAGUAGUUUCUGAUUUAAUUGGGAAGAGCAGAGUUAUAUAUCAAGAAAAGGAAAAAAAACUAUGCAUCUAUCGAUAUUUCACUAUCUUUCAAGACGAAUUAAACGAAAAUUUCCUUGUACUUAAUCUCGAGCAUCAAGAAAAAAGAAAAUGAAAGAAAGGAAAGUCACUUCUCUAAUGCAG